AUGACAGCCCAAAACAUGCAGUUCCAACAAGACACCAGAUCCUCCAUUCAAAGGCAGGAAGCAUCUAUUCAGAAUCUGACCAACCAGAUAGGACAUAUGGCUACUUCAAUAAACCAGCUACAGUCCCAGAAUUCUGAUAAGCUGCCCUCUCAGACGGUUGUCAAUCCAAGAAAUGUGAGCGCCAUCACCCUAAGGUCGGGGAAGCAAAUUGAUGCAUAUCAUGGACCAGAUCCUAAACCUGAAAAGGAGACAGAGACCAUUGCCACAAGAACUUUUAACAUACAACCACCUUCCAUUCCUCUUCCAUUCCCUCUGAAAGCUAUGCCAAGCAAAAAGAAGGAAGAGGUAGAUAAGGGAAUCUUGGAGAUAUUCAAGAAAGUGGAGGUGAACAUACCUCUACUUGAUGCACUCAAACAAAUUCCAAGAUAUGCGAAGUUCUUGGAAGAAUUAUGCACUCAGAAAAGGAAGUUGAAAGGAAAUGAAAGAGUUCGCAUGGGGAGAAAUGUUUCUACAAUCAUAGGUAAAGCUGGUAAACCUGCUCCUGUUUCUGAUGUUCCUGAAAAGUGUGAAAAUCCAGGUACGUUUUCUGUUCCUUGUGUCAUAGGUGAUACUAAAUUUGAGAGUGCCAUGCUAGAUCUAGGAGCUUCAAUUAACGUAAUGCCUAUGUCUAUUUUUAAAUCUCUUUCACUUGGACCUUUGAAACCUACGAGUGUUGUCAUCCAAUUAGCAAAUAGGAGCACUGCACACCCUGCUGGUUGGGUAGAGGAUGUCUUGGUUAGGGUUGGUGAACUUGCUUUCCCUGCUGAUUUUUAUGUGCUUGAAAUGGAAAAAGGAUCUUCCCGUAAUACAGUUCCUAUCAUUAUGGGGAGACCAUUUUUAAAGACAGUCCGAACCUAG